CGGGGAGGAGAAGGGGAGCGCACAUCGCUGGGCCGUUCCGGCGGAGGCGGUGCACCGUCGGUAUGCAACGGUUGCUCCUUCCGUCCCUGAAGGCCUUCACGGGGAGCCGCAGUGUCGGGCUCCUAGUCCCUAGGGCGGCAUCCAGAGCACAGUGUGGUUGCAGCUUUGGCAGCAGGCAUCCUCUGAGGCCAGGGCAAUAUGGCACCGUCACUGAAGUGGCUUUGCAAUCCGGAAAAGGUGCAGUGCUCCUUCCCUCGAAGGCAGCCGAGCAGGCAGUGGGCCGAUGGCUCCUGGUCUGCAGCGGAACCGUCGCUGGAGCCGUUAUUCUCGGAGGAGUAACUCGGCUGACGGAGUCUGGCCUCUCAAUGGUAGACUGGCAUUUAAUAAAGGAGAUGAAGCCACCCACAAGCCAGGAAGAAUGGGAAGCAGAAUUCCAGAAAUACCAGCAAUUUCCAGAAUUUAAAAUCCUGAAUCAUGACAUGACACUGGCAGAAUUCAAGUUCAUCUGGUACAUGGAAUACUCGCACCGAAUGUGGGGCCGAGCUGUAGGCCUUGCAUACAUCCUGCCCGCUGCCUACUUCUGGAGAAAGGGUUGGCUCAGCCGUGGCAUGAAAGGACGUGUUCUUGCCCUCUGUGGCUUAGUCUGUUUCCAGGGUCUCUUGGGUUGGUAUAUGGUGAAAAGUGGGCUAGAAGAAAAACCAGAGUCCUAUGAUAUUCCUCGGGUCAGUCAGUACCGCCUCGCAGCCCACCUGGGGUCAGCACUUGUUCUUUACUGUGCCAGCCUGUGGACCUCACUGUCCCUGCUGCUCCCUCAGCACAAGUUACCUGAAACCCGACAGCUGCUGUGGCUGAGACGCUUUGCUGGAGGCACAGCAGGCCUGGUGUUCCUUACGGCUCUCUCAGGGGCUUUUGUGGCAGGGCUGGAUGCUGGGCUUGUUUACAACUCCUUCCCCAAAAUGGGAGACUCUUGGAUCCCAGAAGAUCUCCUUACCUUCUCUCCCAUCCUGAAGAAUGUCUUUGAGAAUCCCACCAUGGUACAGUUUGAUCACCGGCUUCUGGGCAUCACGUCAGUCACUGCCAUUACAGUGCUCUAUUUCCUGUCUCGGAGAAUCCCCCUUCCUCGAAGGACCAAGAUGGCAGCAGUGACUCUGCUCGCUUUGGCAUAUGCACAGGUCACCUUGGGCAUUAGCACUCUGCUUAUGUAUGUUCCAACUCCUCUGGCUGCCACACACCAGUCAGGCUCCUUGGCACUGCUCAGUGGUGCCCUUUGGCUCAUGAAUGAACUCCGAAGAGUCCCAAAAUAAUUCUGAGAAUCACUCGCUAGGACUGAAACUAUCUUGGUAAUUUAUCAGCAAGCACAGGAACUUAGAAGGGUGGCCUUGACAUGCCACAUGGCUUACACAUUGGUCAUGUCUCUCAAGACUGUUAGGAAAUGGACACCGGAUCAAGAAUGUCACUAAGGUGUCCUUACACCAGAGAUUUCCUUUAAAAUCUGCUGUAGAAGUAAGUGUCCAUCAUUUGCUGCUGCUUACUAGGCAGUCUGGCUUUUCUUAGUGUUAGGAAGAUCUUGGAUUUCCGUGUCCUUGUGCUGCAGAAUCCUGUCCACUAAUCAGGCUGGUGGUGACAGUGACAGACCCAAGAACGGGUGGACCAGCCGACAGGUAACUGAAUGUUGGUCUGUGAUCAGCAUCUAGCGUUAUAUCUUCUUAAGCACCUAGUGAGCUAGAUUUUGAAGUGAAGAUCCUCUUUUGUGUGUGUGUGUGUGUUUGUGUUAACAUAAGCCAUGUAUGUACAUAAUACCAUGGUGGCCAGGGAAAGUGCUGGGUCCCUUAGAGCUGGAGUUAUAGGCAAUUGUAAGCUGCCCGACAUGGGUGCUGGUAACCAAACACAGGUCCUCGGGAAGAGCAGCAAGCACUCCUACUAGCUGAACCACCUCUCUAGUCUUGGAGUGAAUAGUAUUAAAAUUAAUUGUUAGUCGGGCAAUGGUGGCACAUACCUUUAAUCCCAGCACUUGGGAGGCAGAGGCAGGUGGAUCUCUGUGAUUUUGAAGCCAGCCUGGCCUACAGUGAGUUCUAGGACAGCCAGGAUUGUUACACAGAGCAACCCUGUCUCGAAUAUACACCCUGCAAAAAAAAAAAACAACAAAAAAACAAAAAAAAAAAAAACCCUUAAAUGUUUACAAUUUCUAGUUUUUAAAAAUGACAUGGAGGCUUAGUAUGUCUGGUCUGAAGUUGCCCAUUUGCAGUUUCUGAACCAGAUGACCAGUCUUUCCGCUCUAGUACUCUGAGUCUGUGUCCUAUAGGGCGCGCCCUCAGCUGUUCUUAGUGUUUUAUUUCCUAGUCCAGUCCCUCGGGGCUUGUGCUGUUGCACGGGAGAGGUUCCCUCGAUCUCAGAACUCAAGACUCGUCUUAGACCCACUCAAUCCAAGCCCUUGGAACAGGAGUGUGGUGGGUUUCUGAGACAGGGUUUCUCUGUGUAGCCUGGUUUUAUAGUCAUUCUGAGCCCAGGGCAUCCCAAGUCAGCUCAGGCUUCGGGUGUUUACUUCACUUUUCUUUGAUCACAGUCUGGAAACAGAGCUGGUGUUUAGCUGUUUAACUGCACUGUGCUCUCUGCACUCCUGGUCAACAAGAUCAUCUUAGCUCUUUUUGUGUUUGUGUAAUUUGCUGUCAGAUACAAAUACUGAAUGAACUGGUGGAAAAUAAUAGUACUGAAUUUACGUUCCAAAUGUCUGUUUCAGAAAAAGCCAUUGCACACUUCAAGGAUCAAAUAAAUUUCCUUUAAUGUUUUCAA